CAUAACACUUUGGACUGAUCGACGCAACUAAAUUAUAGCGUAUUAAGUAUAAUGAAAUUUGAACUUUGACACUUUCGUUACAAAUCCGCUUUCACUUUUGGCCUAACAUAAUACCAUAACCAAAAACGGCAACAAUAAAACGGCGUAGUAUAAAAUAGCUUGCCAAAGUGCAAAUAUAUUCUACCGGAACGAAGUAAACCAGAUUUUCGUGUCAAAAUGUCAAAACGGCGUCCUCUACGACCAACAGCUGGGUCUGGUCAGCCUAGCAGUUCCAAUAUGAACUUUCGGCCUGGUGGUCCCGAUAUAACUCGAGGCGAAGCGCGGGGCACGCGUCCAACUGCUGCGCCCACCAGCAUACGUGAAAUUUUAGUUAUGGGAGUCAUACAUCUCUGCAAAAAGACAAUAUUCUUUAAUACGGACCUGAAAGUGGCUUUAUAUUUGGGAAGUUUAUUUAUCAUCUCGCUCAUAGGCGACUUCUUGCCGUUUCCCAAGACAUAUUUUGCCCGCUCUGACAACCUGUUCAACUUGUACUUCGUCAAAGUUGGCUGGGGCUGGACCCUCCUGUUCGCAGUGCCCUUUGCGGUGCUCUCCGCCUACACGAUUACCUGCGGCGACAUGAAGCGCAUGCUGAGGCAUCACUUUCCACGUAUUGUGAUAGCUACGUUCUUCUGGUUCUUCUGGACAAAGCUCUUCAAUAUUGUAGAAACCUCGUAUGGUCGCUGCACUACCAAAGGCUUCCAGAGCAAGUCUAGUUGCCUGAAAGCCGGACAUUUAUGGCAGGGAUUUGACAUCUCUGGACAUGCGUUUAUUCUGAUACACUCAAGUCUGGUGCUGAUAGAGGAGGCGCGACCCAUCAUCAAGUGGGAGACGAUCAAGGAGCAUCUGCGCAAUGAGCUACACAAUCGCAGUGUCUCCGAGAAAUCAAGCAGCAAUCCCUUGCGCAAUCUGAACGAUGAGCAAAUACGUAGUCUACAGUUUCUAUAUACGCGUCUGACGCCCAUCAUUCGCACCUUGUUCAUUGGCAUGGCGGGUCUGCAGCUGCUGUGGGACAUAAUGUUGGUGGGCACCAUGCUGUACUAUCAUCGCAUGAUCGAGAAAGUCAUCAGCGGCAUUAUUGCAAUUCUGACGUGGUACUUCACGUAUCGGUUCUGGUAUCCCACCAAUGGGCUGCUGCCCGAGGCUCCAGGCAAUGGUCUUUUCUACUAUCAGCGCGAGAACUUUCCCAUCAGGCGGCCAACGCAUUUACACACCUCCAUGCCAUCUGGCAGCAGUCAGUCGUCUGCCAGUGGACAGAAAGCAAACCCCAAUGGCAGUGGUCAAUGGUCAGCCAGCAGACUGAGCACUCAGCCGACGCAACAGCAGCAGCAGCAGAUACCCACAUUCAUGGGCAUGCCGUUGUUUACCAAUGCGAAAGCAGCCACUGCAGCUGCCGGUUUGCUGCAAGCGGAAAAGCUCAAGCGGGAGCAACAGCAGGCGGGCGUGGACAGCUAAACCCAAGCUUAUGUGACCCAGCUACAGAAAACAGGAAUUGAAUUAUAUUGGAUAAGGGAGUCAUUUUAACCGGUAGUGGCUAGCGAAAUCUUUUGUACCAAAUAGAACUUAAUACCAAAUGAAAUUUAUAAA